GAAACAUCUCGACUGAUGCGCUUAAAAAAAUAAAAAAAACGCGGCUGUUUCAAAAACUCCUGAGAGACUGUUCAUCAAUCAGGCAGUGAAAAAGGACGCACGAAGAAAAAACUAGGCUCGUAAUGUGUCCAGCGCAUAUUAGCAUUAGCAGACGAACAGUUGUGCCGGGCUCUUCUCUAGGCAUGAUUUUAAGGCCUUCGCAGUCUUGGCACUUGGUAAUUAUGGAUGUUCUUUUAUUUGAUUGACUUGACAAAAGCAACAUGCAAUAUUUAAUAGUAACCUGGUAGAAAUAGUCAUUGUGCAAAAUGCCGAAACAUAAACAUAAGGAUAAGGACGAUAGUUUCACAUCAUUCUCCAAGGAUGAUUCCAAGAAGCAUAAGAAAAAGAAACAUAAGCAUCAUUCUGAAGAGGAAGAGACAAGACUGGAAAAAUAUAAAACUAGAAAGUGUAAAUAUUCCUUGGAUAAUGAAUCAUCAAAUGAUCAGAGAGAUAAAAGUAAAAGACAUAAGAAAAAAAAAUACAGAUCCAAGUCUAGAGAAUCAUCAACUACUUGUAAAAAUUCUGGAUUGCAUGAGAAAGAAAAAUAUGAUUCUAGUUCUGAAGAUAGUGGAUUAAAUAAAUCAAGGGAGUAUAAGAAGCAUAGAAAAGAAAAACGGUAUUCCAGUUCAAGUAGUGACUCAUCAUCUCAAGACGAUAUAAGUAGCAAAUAUGAUAAAGAAAAAAUAAGUAGACAUUUGUACAGGAAUAAAAUCUAUGCUGAUCCUGGUUCAUCAAGGCAGGAAGCAGAGAAACUUGUAGAAAGUUUUGAAGACAAAAUUGAUACAGACUUUACAUUUUUACGAUACAAACGUGAUUUGAAUAGAAUAUUUUCCAGCUUUCAUAUUGUUCAGGAUACUGAAGAAUUUUGGCUCUUUGUCAAAGAGUAUGAAAAAAAGGAGAAAAGAUCUAAGUCCUCUAAUUCGAAAGUUAAUUUUCUUGGAAUUCCAGAAGUCUAUGAUAAAUCCCACAGAUUUAAUUUCAAUUUAAGCUAUCGAUGUAAAGAGUUGUUUAUGAGAGUUGAAGAUAUCCGAGAACUAACACAGGAGCGACUCAAAAGGUUCAAAGAUAUUAUUUUAACAUAUCUUGAUUUUAAACAAAACAUGAAAUUUGCAAGAUUGAAACAAUUAAGGACAGAACAAGCUAAUCUUCCUGUUGCUCAAUUUAAGGAUGAAAUUAUAAAUGCCGUUAAAACUGAAAGAGUUGUCAUCAUCGCUGGAGAUACUGGUUGUGGUAAAUCAACACAAGUUCCUCAAUAUCUUUACACAGCUGGAUUUGGUACAAUAGCUUGUACGCAACCUCGAAGAAUAGCUUGUAUAUCUUUAGCCAAGCGAGUUGCUUAUGAAACUUUGACAGAAAAUCUUAAUGAAGUUGGUUAUCAAAUAAGAUUUGAAAAGCAGAAAGGUGAAGAUACAAAAAUUACUUUCAUUACAGAAGGAUUGCUUUUAAGACAAGUUGCUGGAGAAGCAGAACUAUCACAAUAUGACGUUAUAGUCUUAGAUGAAGUUCAUGAACGACAUUUACAUGGUGAUUUUUUGUUAGGAAUCAUGAAAUGUCUUAUACACCAAAGGCCUGAUUUGAAAUUAGUCCUGAUGUCUGCCACAAUUAAUAUUGAACUUUUUAGUAAUUAUUUUGCUAAUGAAGAUGUCAGAUUAAUUCAAGUGCCUGGACGACUGUAUCCUAUCCAGUUAAUUUAUAGGCCUGUACUUGUAGAAGAUAAACGUUCCAAAAAUGACAGAUUCAAUCCCAGCCCAUACAUUCAAAUCAUGCAAAUUAUUGACAGAAAAUAUGACAAAAAAGAAAGGGGCGAUCUAUUGAUAUUUUUGAGUGGAAUGAGCGAAAUCACAGCAGUGGUGGAAGCUGCAAAAGAAUACAGUAAAAAGGAUAAUAAUUGGAUUGUUUUACCAUUGCACAGUACACUAUCGAUUGCUGACCAAGAUAAAGUAUUUGGUUAUCCCCCUGAAGGUGUAAGAAAAUGUAUAAUAUCAACAAAUAUUGCUGAAACAUCAAUUACAAUAGACGGGAUCCGAUUCGUAGCUGACAGUGGAAAAGUCAAAGAAAUGAGUUUUGAUCCAAUUUGUAAGAUGCAGCGAUUGAAAGAAUUUUGGAUAAGUAAAGCAAGCGCAGAACAAAGGAAGGGACGAGCUGGAAGAACGGGACCGGGAACUUGUUACAGAUUAUACUCUGCCGAAGAUUAUCAAGCAUUUGAAAAAUACUCUAAACCAGAGUUACAGCGAGUUCCUCUUGAUUCUACUUUACUGCAAAUGAUUGCUAUGGGCUUACCAGAUCCUCGCAAGUUCCCUUUUAUCGAACCACCUCCAGCAGAAAGCAUAGAAACUUCUAUUUUAUCAUUGAAAGAACACGGUGCUUUGACGGAAAAUGAAAAGCUAACAGCUAUAGGGAAAACUCUUGCAAGACUACCAGUUGACAUAUCUAUUGGAAAAAUGUUGAUUAUGGGUUCAUUAUUCCAUCAAAUUGAGCCCGUUUUAUCUUUAGCUGCUGCUCUCAGCGUGCAAACACCUUUUACAAACAGAGCUUACAGAGACCUUGAUUGUGAGGAAUCAAGAAAAAAUUUAGAAUCAGAUCACGGUGAUCCGAUAACGUUAUUAAAUGCAUAUAAAGAGUGGCUUGAAAUUAAACACUCAACAAGCGGAAAUGUACGUUCAGGUAGCAGUAAUAGCAAAAAAUGGUGUAGAAGAAGGGGUCUAGAAGAACAAAGAUUUUAUGAAAUGACCAAAUUACGUACUCAAUUCAAAGACUUACUCGAAGACUGUCAUUUAUUGUAUACGGAUGAUACUAAUUCCGAGAUGACAAGUUCUGAAAGAACAUUAAGACAUGGAGAAUUGAAACUACUCAGAUCUUUGAAGAGGUCCUACAAGCAGAAUGAUUUAAGAAAACCAAAACAGCUAAAGUUGGACGAUGAUAAUAUAAGAAUAGAAGAUGAAAAAGAAGACGAAGAGAUUGACAUUAAAGAUAUAGAGUUCAGGAUGAAGAAUGAUUUUUCAAAAGUUAGCGAUUUGGUCAAUGCAUCUACAGCUUGCAGUUACAAGGAUCUAAUGAUGCUAAAAUUGAUUUUAUGCAGCGGUUUAUAUCCUCAGUUUGCAUCAUCAGAUGAAUUUAAUUAUUGCAAGACGGUCAGUGAACAAUUAUUCCAUACCAAAGUUAAACAGUUCGUGGCUUUACAUCCAAUGAGCUUUUUUGGAAAUCAUCCUCAAGUAUUACAACUAGAAGAGCCUGACAUUACUACUAUUCCUGGUUAUAAAUCAAAAUCACCUAUCAGUGCAAAGCAUCAAAUUUUAACUUAUUUAUCAUUAUUGGAAACUACUAAACCAUACUUGGUUAAUACCAUGAGAAUGCCUGCAGCACAGACAUUGCUUUUAUUUGCCCAGGAAAUCGACACCAAUUCAACAUUUACAACUAUUGCGUGUGACUCAUGGCUUUCUUUCGAUUUUCCAACGCCCGACAGUGGCGCGCUUCUUUUGUACCAAGCAGCUCAACUGAGACAAAAAUGGGACCAUUUAUUAAAUUUGAAGUUACAAGAUAAAUCAAAUAUGUCUUCUGAAGAUAAAAAAGAAAAUAUAGAAGAAAUCGAGUAUGAAUUGAACAAAGGACUAGUCGAAUUUAUGCACACAUCGGUGCCAUAUACCGUCAACCGAUUACUUGUUGCUCAUUUGAAAAAUAUCUACGUCAGGGGAGAUCAAAAUUCAACGAUCAUCAAUACAAAUCCAUUUUCAACUGAUUUCGAAGUAGUGCCUCACGAAAAAAAGGGUGGCAUUCGACUUACUAAACAAAUAACUUACAAUUGUCUCAUUGGAAACGAUUUGAGCGACAAAAUAGCAUGUCAAAUGCUGGAAAUCGAAUGGGUAUGUCCGACUUGCGGCUUCCGUGGUGCUUUAUCCAGUAUAGAAAAAUUACAACACAUAAGUAUUUGUAAAAAAGAAAAUACUGGGGAUAUUGGUAUGAAAACAUCGGUAAUGCCGGUGAAAAAGAAGAAUGCUGUUGUGUACGAAUGUACCGAUUGUCAGAAAACGUUGUAUCUUACACCAACUGAAGUUUUGAAACACAAAAAACAACAUGAAAAGUAAAUUAAAAUAUUCAAGAAAUAAUUGUACAUAUUGUAAAUAAUUUUUAUUAUUUAUGCAGUCUACUUAAAAAUACUAUUUUUGAUAGAUUAAUUGUUUUAAACAAAGUUUUUCAAGUCUAUAUAAAUUAU